AGCAGGGGGAGUGGACAGACCAGUCCGGGUUAUUGUUGAUCACGAAACCGGUUUGUUCAUGUUGCAUGUAUUUGUGCGAUGGCGAAAAUGUAGGGAAUCGAUGGCAUGCAGAUUACGCAGCCUUGAACCCUGCGCGUGCAAAUCGUCUACAUCUGCUCGGGAUUUUGCACUGUCAACAAUAGAGCCACAAAGCGCUCGCGAGCGCGCUAGACCCAAAGCCAAGUCUCGUGUUCGGUAUAAAUGGAUAUAGUCUCUGGGCUUUUCAAAUAUUGUUUUGCAUCCUGUUGAUGUAAAUGCUGUAACGUUAACUUGAACUGCAUCGUCUGCACGCGCGACGUCAUGCAGUAGAUGAGCGUACAGGGAAGAUGAAUCGAGGUCAGCUGAAAGGGAAUAACAAAGAGAACCUGCUCUGCAGUCUCGCGAGCAACCAUUAGCGGAAGCGGCGCGUUGUUGUAGUGUUUGGCAUUCGAGCUUCGCAGUGUAGCUCGAGACGGUUAUAGCGGAGGCACAGAAACCGACAUUUAGCCAUUUUGUCGGACUUUCACUGGAUAAAAAAUACGUUAAGCGAGAGACUUUGAUCAUUUCACUUGCUUCGCGCCGGAUAAACGUAAUUUCAAAUACUGAGCACGCGCGUUUGGGGAAUUACCGGUUAAACCUGGAGUUGGCCGUUGGUUUUUCACCGAGAACUGAAGAUGACGGCGACGACACAACAUUAUGUGAAUCAGAUGCAAAGGUGAAACUUUGUGCUCUGGCACGACCUCGGAGUUGAAAGUGAUUAUCACAUUUAUCAGCAGGCUACUGCCCUGCCCCCUCAGGAGACCCCCUAUGUGGAUUGAAUACACCCCACAGUUUCACACAGGAUGGAUGAGCUGGAUGUGAAGUCUCCUUUUUGUCAUCAUCAUCAACAACGUAUUUUGAUCUGUGCAUGGAUCCUGCUCUAUUUUUAUCACCAAGCACUUCCUGUGCUCUUCUCCAACACUUUAGUUUGCAAGAGUAUUGACUUUAUCUGAACUGCUGUUUUGAGAGGAGGGAGGUUUGGCAAGUUUUCACUUGGUUUGAAGCAACCUCUUCUCAUUAUCAAAUAUUUAUACUGUUGUUGUUUUUUUUCAUGCAUGGAUAGCAUAUAAGGUUUGACCCAACUUCUCGCUCCACUUGGUGGAGAAAUGUCAGAAAAUCUCAACGACAAUAUGGUCAAGUUCCUUUCCCCCCCAUCAAAGAACAUCAACUGCUCCAGCUCAGACACGCUGGUGGGCGAGCGUCUAGGGGUCGAGGUCCGCCGUCGCCACCACACCAUGGAGCGAGAACUACUGAAGGCAGAGCACCGUUUCUUUCGGCGCAGCGUCAUCAAUGACUCCAAUGCUACGGCGCUGGAGCUGCCCAGCAAGAACGCAAUCCUAGCCAUCUCAACUGACUCCCAUGCUCUUGUUUGUGAACCUCCUGCCUUGGAAUCCAAAAUCCCUUCGGUGGCCACACAAUCUGAAGGUUUGGUUGCACCAGAAAAGGAAGAUGACGGUGUUGAGACAGCCAUAGAGUCAAUGCCAGUGUUGAUUGCGAAUACUACACAUCUUCUUUCUGCAGAAGCACCACAUUUCGUUGCAGAGUUGAAGUCUGGAGAUAGUGCGGAUGCAAAACUAGAGGAUGAGAAAGAGGAGGAUGAUGAAGGUAAAGAGAAGGCACGAGCUAAGACCGAUUUGCGGGAUAUGAAGGCAGAGCUAGAGGACAAUGAGGAAGUUGAGACAAAUGCAGUCGGGACGUCGCCAGAUGGCCGGUUCUUAAAGUUCGACAUUGAGAUUGGACGUGGCUCUUUUAAGACAGUCUACAAGGGUCUGGAUACUGAAACCACAGUGGAGGUGGCAUGGUGCGAGUUGCAGGAUCGCAAGUUGUCCAAGUCAGAGCGGCAGCGUUUUAAAGAGGAAGCCGGAAUGCUGAAGGGUCUUCAGCAUCCCAACAUAGUACGCUUCUAUGACUCCUGGGAGUCAUCCUUGAAAGGGAGGAAGUGUAUUGUCCUGGUGACUGAACUCAUGACAUCUGGGACACUCAAGACGUAUCUAAAACGGUUUAAGGAGAUGAAGAUCAAAGUCCUGCGCAGCUGGUGCCGGCAGAUUCUGAAGGGGCUGCACUUCCUUCAUACUAGGUCGCCUCCCAUCAUCCACCGGGACCUCAAGUGUGACAACAUCUUCAUCACCGGACCUACUGGAUCUGUCAAGAUUGGAGACUUGGGUCUGGCUACCCUCAAGAGGGCCUCCUUUGCCAAGAGCGUCAUAGGUACCCCUGAGUUCAUGGCGCCUGAGAUGUAUGAGGAGAAGUAUGACGAGUCCGUGGAUGUGUAUGCCUUUGGGAUGUGUAUGCUGGAGAUGGCUACUUCUGAGUACCCGUACUCCGAGUGUCAGAAUGCAGCUCAGAUCUAUCGCAGAGUCACCAGCGGGGUAAAGCCUGGCAGUUUUGACAAAGUGGCUAUUCCAGAAGUGAAGGAGAUCAUUGAGGGUUGCAUACGUCAGAAUAAAGACGAGAGGUAUUGCAUCAAGGACCUCCUAAGUCAUGCUUUUUUCCAGGAGGAAACUGGUGUUCGUGUAGAGCUGGCUGAGGAGGAUGAUGGAGAGCUGGUGGCCAUAAAGUUGUUGCUACGCAUUGAGGAUGUAAAGAAACUUAAAGGGAAAUACAAAGAGAAUGAAGCCAUUGAGUUUUCCUUUGACUUAGAUAAAGACGUCCCAGAUGAUGUUGCCCAAGAAAUGGUCGAUUCGGGCUAUGUUUGUGAGGGUGACCACAAGACCAUUGCAAAGGCCAUAAAGGACAGAGUGUCCCUGAUCUCCCGUAAGCGAGAGCAGAGAAAACUUGUUAGAGAGGAACAAGAAAAGAGGAAGUUGGUGCAGGAGAAUGACCCCUCACAACUUGGACCGUAUACUAACACCACAGCCAAGCCCCCUGGUCCCGCUCUGGCCUCAGUCAUUAUUGAGUCUGAAGAACAUGAAGCAGACCAGCAACUGCAGCAGCCUGGAGCCUCUGCUUCCAGUUCAGCGUCUGUCCCUGAGACUCAGCCUGCCCAGCCAGGUACAUCUUUCAGCACCAUACAGCCUGAUCCGCAGCCACAGCACACCAUGACCCAUCCACAAAGCAUGUCACAGCACCCAGCCCAGGCCCCUCUGCAGCAGCCGAGCAGUACUUUGACCGUGGGUCCCAUCACCCAGACUGGAACUGCAGCCGCACCCCAGGUGAUGGGUCAGGCGGCAACUCUACCCUCUGCCGUUCAGCCUGCCGUCCCCUUGCAGUACCAUCAGCCACCUCAGGAUGGCAGUGCUCCCCCUCAGGGCCCUCAAGUCUUACAGGCACCAGUGAGUGUGUCCCACUCCCAACCGCAGCCAGCAGAGCAGUUACAACCUCAAACAUCUCUGGUUCCAGCCUCCACAGAAAGUGGUCACUCCGAUGCUGCAUCUGGUCUGAGCGAUGGGAACGAGGGCAGCCAUGAGGGUCGCUCUAUAAAACGACCCCAGAGCCGCUCUGUACGCAGUCGCUCACGCCACGAAAAACUGGCCAAGCUCAAGCUCAAUGUGCUGAAUAUUUCUAAUAUUGGGGACAGAGUUGCUGAAUGUCAGCUGGAAACCCACAACAAGAAAAUGGUGACAUUCAAGUUUGAUUUGGAUGGAGAUAAUCCUGUAGAAAUUGCUGAAAUUAUGAUCAAAAGUGAUUUUAUCUUGGAAAGCGAGCGGGAGACCUUCAUAGAGCAGGUUCAAGAUGUCAUUCAGAUGGCAGAUCAGAAAGGAAAGGCUCAGAAAAAUAACCAAAAUCAGGUGAGCAGUAAUUUGAGCCAGCAAGUACCUGAAAUUUCAACAUCCAGUGUGCCUGGUGUGCCACCUAGUGUGGCAGCACAGGUUGUACAUUCAGCAGGCCGGCGCUUCAUAGUUAGCCCAGUGCCUGAAGCAAGACUUCGGGAGCCAUUUUUUGGACCUCCUUCUGCAAACACAUCAUUUGAAGACUCCAUACCAGCAUCUGAUCCCACAUCAGCCAGCAGUGUUCAGCAGGACCAAGCUAGCUUUGCCCCUGGCUCAACCCAGAUUUCUGUGGUACCAGCCACACCUGGAGGUCUUGCCCCAGAGAGCUGUAUCCCUCCUAUUUCUCAAUCGUUAUUCCAGAGCCCUGUCCCAGCUGCCACUGCAGCUCUGACAGUGGUCACCACUCAUGUUAGCACUCCUACACCAUCUACCACUCAGCAAACCAGAACAGGGAGGAUAUCUCCUUCUCCAGCCCCAACUGAAUCACCAGCACGUCGACUGUCACUUCCCACCCCUUCCCAGACUCCUCAAAACGUUGUGGCUGAGAGCAAUGGCUUGGAUCAAGCUCAAACCGGCAUCCAGCAGGUGCAAGUCGGUCCCUCCUCUGUCCCUGUGACGCAACCAUCUACAACAGGAGAUGGUGAGAGUGAUGUACAGGGGAAGCCACCUGGAAUUGAAGACAUCCAUGCUUUAGACCAGAAGCUGCGUUCCCUUUUCAAGGACUCCUCACAGAGCUCCUCCAACCAACCUGAUGGAUCUGGAGAGACAUCCACAUCAUCCCCACCCAACACUAUCAGCACUAACACUCCUGGCUUUGUCUCCGGUGGAACGCCUUCCAGUUUGUCUCUCAGUUCCAGUGGGAACUUUGCACCUGGUGCUUUUGCCUCUAUUGUGACACCUACAAGCUAUGCCCAGACACCAUCUGCAGAUCUGUCCCCACAAAGGCCACAGGUGGGGAAAGUUACUAACUUGCUGAUUUAG